AAUACCGCUUCCCCAUGUAGGCUGCUUCACAAUACUGCCAGCUUUCUCGCAGCAGUUUCAUUACCUUGCUGAGUUUGGCUAGUACACUUUAGCUCACCCCGAAACUACACACUUUACGUUAAAAAAAACAUUGGGAAGUCUGGGAGUAUUUGAGGCGCACAGCCGAGUCAUCGGUGGUGGGAUGAGAAACAAAAGCGAAUGUCUCUGGUGUCAUAAUGUCACGGUGAUUUUACUUCGUUUCUUCGUUACAUCGCAACAUUGACGAUAAGCAUCGAAGCUUCGAAAUGGCGCGAAGCGGCGGUGAAAAAGAACGCAAAUUCGAAUUAGAAGACAACCGGAUUGACUCUGGAAUCGAAUCGAUAUCAAUAUCCAGAGAUUACGGGAGUUUGGACAUCUCUGAGGAGAAGGAUAAACUUGGCACAGAAGAGAGGCUGGACUCUGCUUACGUCUCUUCAUCUUUAACAGUAGACAGUUUGGGGGAUUUAAUCGAAGAAUGCAAAAUUUCUGAUUGUGAAAACCCGACAGACUGUGAAUACACUGAGGAGGAAGUGAAUUUCUUAACGACAGUUACAGAAGAUGGAGACACGAUUCUCCAUUUGGCCAUUAUCCACGAAGAGCAACGCUUUGCACAUUGGUUAAUAGAUCUGUUUCCUCAAGAGCUGAUGGAUAUUCAGAACAACUUGUAUCAGACGCCGUUGCACCUGGCCACCUACCUGAACCAGCCCACGGUAGUAAAGGGCCUGGUGGAAAAGAAGGUGUUACUGGAACUCCAGGACCAGGAAGGAAACACCCCUCUCCAUGUGGCAUGUGAGCACGGAUUCUUGGAAUGUGCCAGUGAGAUGGUCCACAGCGCUUCACACAGCAAACUCGCCAACAUGCUGGAAACACAGAACUGGAGAGGUCUCACGUGUCUCCAUGUGGCCACCCUGCAUAAACAUCAUCGUCUCAUGCGGCUGUUGAUGAAGAAAGGUGUGGAUCUGAACAUACAGGAGGGAACGAGCGGGAAGACGGCGUUACAUAUGGCGGUAGAGCUCCACGACGUGCAGGCAGUGACUCUGCUGCUGAACAGAGGGGCGAAUGUUGAUGCCGCCAUGUUCAACGGCUGUACCGCCCUGCAUUUGGCCGUGGGCCGACAGGACGCCUCCAUUGCCAACCUUCUAUGCCAAGCUGGAGCCGACAAGAUGAUCAGAAACAUGGAGGAUGAAACAGCCCUGGAUCUAGCAGACGGCAACGAUGAUAUAUUGGCCUUGUUCCCCUUCGACGACAUUCAGAUCAACUUCUGAACAUGUGAACCUGAGAGACGGCAUGUUCUUUUUUUCAAAAAAACUCUUGAUCUGAAGUUGCAGAACUUUUUGGAUUUGUCUGCCUGUAACCGCAACUAUUUAUGUCCAGUGGUAAUCGUGCUAGUUGAUUAUACGGCAGGAACAGCUUCAGCCCGUUCAUACAGAAUUAUUUGCUGCUGCUUCGUCCCACGGAAUGUCAUUGGGAUGUGCGGACAUAACUCGAACAACCUUAAUGUUACAACACAAAUGCAUUCUGAUUAGCAAUAUUAAUGUUUUUGUAGCAAGACUGUGCUGUUGUAAACGAGAUGAACGAAUGAAACACUGCUUUGCAAACUUGUUUUCUUAACAGGUCAUAGUGCCAAUAAAAGUAGUUUUAAUAUUUA